AUGGCAUAUACUAGAAAACAAAAGGAAGCAAUUCUACAUCAUUUGAAAUCUGAACGAAACAAAAUAGCCAAAAGAAAUGAAGAACAGAGGAAAAAACUAGCGGAUCAAACUUAUCAACGAGUAAUGAGACGACUAAAUGGUGUUAGUGUUACUUUAUGGGAUGUGAAACUAAAAGAUGUAUUUCAGGUUGAAAGAUCUCAAAGAUUGGUAGCGAAAACAUUGGUUAAAGACGUACAGGAUAUGAAAAGGAAACUACAAUUGGAAAUGAAACGAAAUGGAACUCAUACAAAAUAA